AUGCAGUACUGUGCUGAGACUUUUUAUUCCCUUUUCUUUGUGUCUCGACCAGGCGAGGUAAGACCCGUUAAGAUGUUUGAGCGGACAGCAAACUUGAACGGCAGUCAGAUAAUCAACUACCAGAGUGAUCCCUCCGGCAAAUGGCUCGCUUUGAUCGGCAUCGCCCCUGGUGCUCCUGAGGUGUCAGCAAAGUUCGGUCUGGUAUAUGUCGUCACCAAGCUAGGCCUGCUCUUUGUGUACGACCUUGAGUCCGCUACAGCCAUCUACCGCAAUCGCAUCAGCCCCGACCCCAUCUUCCUGGCAGCUGACGCUCCCAGCGUGGGCGGUGUCUAUGCCGUGAAUCUCCGCGGCAAGGUGCUACUAGCCACGGUGAACGAGCAGGCCAUCGUCCCGUUUGUCAGCGGCCAGCUCAACAGCCCGGAGCUCGCAAUCAGCCUUGCUCGCCGCAUGAACCUUCCUGGUGCCGAGAAUCUGGUGUCGAGGAGCAGUGGCCGAAAGGACGUGGUAGUGGCCAAAAAGAGCGCGGGGAGCCAGUCACCAGCAGCAGCGGGGCGAAGCGGGGAGAAGGGGCGUCGAUUUUCCCUGAAAGAGAAUUUGGGGUCGUGGUUCCGCUCUCAGCCCAGUUCUUCCAAUUCGGUCGACCGGACCGCCACAGCCAUUACUCACCAGAGCCUAGCCUCGGGGGGGAAAUCAGCCAACUUCAGUCGAAGCGUGGAUGCAGGUGCAGAAGGAUGCGG